UCUGGCUCCCGCGGAGCGCCUGCGCAGUGCAGUACUGCACGUGUUCCCGCUAGACUCGCUUGCCGAGUGUGGAGAUGGCGGAAAUGGCGGAGAUGGAGACGCAGACUGCGGGGGCCGAGGAGGGGUUCACCCAGGUCACCCGCAAGGGUGCCCGGCGGGCGAAAAAACGACAGUCUGAGCACUUGUCCAAAGCGGGGGAGGACGGGGACGUGGCCCGCAUGGACACGGAGGAGGCCCGGCCGGCGAAGAGGCCCGUCUUCCCGCCCCUCUCCGGGGAUGGACUCCUGAGUGGGAAAGAAGAAACACGGAAAAUUCCAGUUCCAGCUAACAGAUAUACGCCAUUAAAAGAGAACUGGAUGAAGAUAUUUACACCUAUUGUAGAACAUUUGGGACUCCAGAUACGCUUUAACUUGAAAUCAAGAAAUGUAGAAAUCAGGACUUGUAAAGAAACCAAGGAUGUUAGUGCUCUGACAAAAGCAGCUGAUUUUGUAAAGGCCUUUAUUCUUGGAUUUCAGGUGGAGGAUGCACUUGCCCUCGUCAGGUUGGAUGACCUCUUUUUAGAGUCUUUUGAAAUCACAGAUGUUAAGCCUCUAAAGGGAGACCACCUGUCAAGGGCAAUAGGAAGAAUUGCUGGCAAAGGAGGCAAAACCAAAUUCACCAUAGAGAAUGUGACACGGACACGGAUAGUUUUGGCUGAUGUGAAAGUUCACAUCCUUGGCUCUUUCCAAAACAUCAAGAUGGCAAGGACUGCCAUUUGCAACCUCAUCCUGGGAAAUCCUCCAUCAAAGGUUUACGGCAAUAUUCGAGCUGUGGCUAGCAGAUCAGCAGAUCGGUUCUGAUUUCAAAUUAGGAGACUUUAUCUUUGGACUCUAAAGAAAAAGACCUUGUACUUUUCAGGUGGUCACACAAAACCAUGUGAAGAAUGUCUAAGUCACUUUAAGCCUGGAUCUUUUCUUCUGUUCUCAGCCAGCAGCAUAAACAGACGGGAAAGGUUUAAUAGUAUUCACAUUCAGUGACUUUUAGGACAAUUUAAGUAACAAAAUAUAAUGUAUCAUAUUUUUCAUUUAAAAUCAUAUAUAGCAGAUUUGCAAUUUAGAAUCCUCUAAAGAAAACUUAUUGCAUAAACAGUUUCAUAUAAAUUUUGCGUUUAUUUAUAAAUUUGUAAACAUUUCUUCUCUGUAAAUUGUAACUAAAAGAAUCAUCUCAAAACCUAUGAAUCCUGACCCUUAAUAUGUUGUGUGAAUAUUUUAUAAUCAAGUCAUAAUCAACUCUUUGGCUCCAGUAAAACAAGUAAGUGUGAUUGUCAUACUGAUUUUGCAGUUUAGAAAAUUAAAGCCCUGCAUCAUAAAAUUGAUGUGAA